GCCUUCAUUCUGGUCGAGUGGGCUUCGGCCCCGCCUUAAAAGCAAGGUUGCUCGGGACUUGCUCCGCUAAAGAAUUAAAAAGGAAGCGCGGGCGCUCGACUAAUUCUAGAUCGCGGCAAGGCUCGGUCUUUGCAGACAUUCCUCGGACCGUCUCGUAAUGGCAAGAGUCAGCAGGUCAGGGGGUUCCCUGUUGGUAAUUGGUCAUUAUCUGCUAUCAUUUGCGAGUCUGAAAGAGAACUGUUGCUGGAAUAGACUCACCACUAAAAGCUUCGCUUCUACACGCAUGGCCUGCUUUAACUACCCAUACGGUUCAAGGAGAAGCAGAAGUCUCGUUCGCUCAGGUGCGGCCAGAUGCUGUAAGUCUGGACUCACCCUUACUGCUCCACUUAUGAAAGGACACGCCAUCGGACUAAGCCGCCUGCGCAAAACACUAAUUGAUGUUCUAGACACUUGCCAGGCGAGAGAGCACAUGCUACCAAACUGUAAUCGAGGGCGCCGCAGGCUUGGCAAUCUACGUUUGGCCAAACCGGGACUCGGUUACUUCGCAGGAGUCCCGCCGGGAACCCCAAACUUGGCUAGUUGUAAGGAACGACUAUCUUUUGCCUACGAUAGGGCGAUCUCAGGCUAGCUAGUUGUGGAGAAGAGACUUUGCUUGCAUGGCGUUAUCUUCUCCAUCACGCGGGGCCGAGUAGAAACGAUUUCGUCAUUGUGCACUUACGUUCUGAAUGAGAACUCUCAGAGCCUGAGCAUAGGACCGUGGCAAGAGUCCGAAGGGGUGCGAGUAUGUCCUCGGGGUCAGAAACUCGGAGUUCGACUUGUACUGGUUAUCAUUCGUAGUAAGAGCUU